AUGAAGAAAGGAAAAUCUAAACUUCAAGUCUUAACAUCACUUCAGCUCACAGGGUUUCUUGAAGCAAAUGUUUCAACAGAUAAUAACUUCACAAAAACUUAUGCUUUGCCUUCAUCUCUUCAAGGCAUAUUCCUAAUUGUGUUUGAACUUAGCUGGAAGCAAUCAAACUUAUGUAUUCUAAAGAUAAACUUCUUGUACGAUAAAAUAUUUGGAGUCGGCGACAUAAACUUGACUUAUGUUUAA